AUGCGCGCCUUGAACGCUCUUCUGCUACUACUCCCUGUAGCCGCCUCUGCGCAGCGCAUUGUCCGUUUCAUAUCCGAUGAUGGAAAUGAGUAUACUGGCGACGCGAUCUUGCCCGAGAACUCGACGGACGCGCGUUUCAGCACCAGCGCACGAGUGAUUGAGGGGGACAUAUUCACCGACUUCAACAUCACCAACACGGUGAAGAGCAUCACACAACUGCUUGCGCCUAUACCGCCAGAGAGAACACGCUCUGUUCGAUGCGUUGGCUUCAACUAUGGCUCUCAUGAUAUGGAAACGAACAUCACAAUUCCGAGUUUCCCCAUCCUCUUUUUCAAACCGUGGACGUCUCUCGCGGGACCGACUGACUUCGUUCCUGUUACUUCCGGAUACCAGAACCAAACAAACUUUACCUCGUCGAUGGACUACGAAGGCGAGCUUGUCGUAGUGAUCAAAGAUAAGGUUUUCAACAUCUCCGAUCCCUCCGAAGCUCUUUCCCACGUCCUAGGCUACGCAACUGGCUACGACGUAUCGCAUCGUGGGUGGCAGAUCGAUCGGGGUGGCGAACCCCAGCCUCAGUUCAGCAUGGGCAAGGAUGCAGACGGCUGGGCACCAUGGGGUCCGGCGUUGACCCUAGCAAAUGAGAUCCCCGACCCUCAACAGUUGUUGCUCCAGACAUUCGUGAAUGGAACCAUGAAACAGAACGCAACGACCGCAGAUAUGAUAUUCGGAGUAGCGGAUAUCGUGAGCUUCUUCUCGAUGGGGAUCACUCUUCAUCCCGGUGACAUCAUCUUUACUGGAACGCCGGGUGGGACGCAACUCGGUUCACCGAACCCGUUGUGGCUCACUAAUGGAGAUAUCGUUACGGUUUCGAUUUCCGAUUUAGGUACUAUUGAGAACCAGCUGCGCUUCACCUAG